CCGAACCACCACCAGAGAGUCUGCAGAGCGGGAAACCAAAUAACCCCCCUUCUCUCUCUCUCUACGCUCUCUCUUUCUCUCUCUACAAAUCUCCUUCUGACGGCUGUUGCAACCGCGAAUGCUUCAUCCGCUCGGCGACGGACGAUCUCCUCCUCCUGAUCUGCAUCUUCAUCGCAUGGUUCGCGUCGCUCGGUUCCGAGGACGAUUGGAGAUCGGAUUGCUUGCUUGUGUUGUCGUCGAUGAGUCGCGCCGUUUGAUCUACUAGAUAUCUUCCUGUUGUGUGUUCAUGUGUUUGUCCGUCCUUGUUUCUCUCUCUACUCUAGUCUCUACGGUUUCUUUAUGUUUAUGUAUCGCUUUCUUCCUCUUUCUCUUUCUCAAGUACUUGAAUUUCGACCGUAGAAACUCUGGCGAGAUUUUGCUUUUUUGUGUAAUUGCUUUCCCUUCGUCAUCUCUUUCUUUUGCCUAUUGUGCUAUUAUUAUAUGUGAGUCUCGAUAGCUCUCCCUCUCUCUCUCUCUCUCUCUCCCUCUCUCUCUAUUUGGAGGCGGCAUGGCGAUGGCGGUUGAGGGCUUUUCGAUCCGAGAGUACGCGUCGAAGAUGAGGACAGUUGAUGUAAUGAAAAGCUGGCCGUUCGGUAGGGAAUCAGAUGAGACUCGAAGGGAAGAUAUAGAGGCUUCGCUCCCUUUGAUUACCGUCGAGAAGUUUAGGUGGUGGUCUGACGAGCUCGAACUUGUGCGAUCCAGCGAAGAUAUGCCGGAGAUUUGUGGAGAAUCGUCCAACCAAUUGGCCAACGAGACCAUUUUGGAGCCGGAGAAAAUGGAGGUAGCUCUAGAGUUAGCUAAGAUGGUUUUGUGUCGGGAAGGUGAGAAAUUAGGUGUUACUGUAGAUGGACACCUUGCUUACGCUCCAAAGGACGAGCAGCGGCGGCAGAUGAAGAUAAGGGUGAAGUCGAGGGCGCAGAAGAAGAGAUCGAUAGUGGAGAUUUUCGCGGUGGCUCCGCAGGUGGAGAGGGUAGUCGACGACGACGACGAUAAUAAGGACAGUAGUCAAGAGGAUGGCGCUUGCAAUUCAAAGGUUUUGGCUUUGGGCGAUGUUGGAUCGAAUGUGAAAUUUAAGAAGGCAAAGAAGAUGAAGAAACCCAAAUUGAUAAAUGAAACCAUUAGCAAGUUCAAGAAACAAAAGAGGUUGAAAAAGGGCAAGAAGAAUGAAAGAGACUGUGUCGAUCGAUUGGUUCAGCCAAUUCCGAAAAAGGGUAAAAGUCAUAAGCCCAAACUACAAUCUCCUAUUGAUCGCACUACAAAACUGAGCAUUCCACUGUGCAGUAAAGGGUUAGGGAAGGAUAUUUGGGAUGCUGCACCUAUUCACAAGAAGAAACAGAGAGUAAAAUAUCUAUCCGGGCAAAAGAACAAACUUGCAAAAACUUCAAAGUUGGUGAAGCACAAAAAAUCAGCUUUUCCUGUUUGUGGAAUUCUCAAGAAUCACAAAAAAGGAAUUUCAGGAGAGGCCUCCACAGUCUAUGACUCACAGAUAGGUAGUAGAGUGAAUCAGUGUGGCCUUCUGCAAGUUGACAGGCAUGUCAGGUUCUCUGAUAAGGAUGACAUACUGGUAACAAGGAAGCCUUUUUCUUCUGCUGGGGGUCAUAAAUCACAAAAUAUUGGCAGUUUGAGUUUACCUAUAGAGAGGGGUAAAGAUUUAGCAAUUUCUAAGGUGAGUGAAAGCGAUGAAGAUGUUUUGAUUGGCACAGAAAAUGAAACACAGGUUCACACUGUAAGUGAAAGGCAGUUGUCUGAUACUUGCCAUCUUGGUAUGCCAAAUCUUCUGAGCCCACAAAUAGGUUGUCAGGAUCAUUUAUCUGAGAGAUCGAUGACUGUUAAUCAAGUUGCAGCCUGUAAUGAAAAAUUACAUUCAUUUGAACAAGGACACACAGAUGCAUCAUAUGGUCCCUUGUAUGCUUACACCCCAAGAUUCCUUUCUACCCUAAAAGAGGGAUAUAAUUUGGAAAUGAAUACUCAGGUCAGUGGAGGCACUUUAGGAACUUCUAAUUCCAGUGACAGGUUGAUUGGAUUUCAGUCUGGGAAUUCUAAAUUCAGUGAUGCUGCAAUCUGUUCUGUGGACUACAAGAAGGCAGUUCCUUCACUUUCGUCAUCUUGCUUUCCAAUUAAUGGAAAUGCAAAUCAAAUGCUUUUGCAUCCAUCACAGAGCACAACUGUAAAUUAUAACAAUCAUUCUAUGCAAUAUCAGCCUCUCCAUCAUAUUUCACCGAAGGAAUUGAUGCAGAGUAUAUGUUCCUUUCCAGACUGGAAGCAAAGAGCAAUUAUGGCUGAAGAAAAAUGCAUAAAUGAAGAUUUCUGUGGUUUGCCCCUUAACUCACAAGGGGAGCUAAUCCAGUUAAAUUCAAGGGGUAAAGGUGUGUUUAACCAGGUUAUGCGGCCUAUACAAAAAGCUUCUUCUGAGUGCUUACCUUUGCAUGGCAAUGGGGCGAACAGCUAUGCAGUUCUUUCAAAUGUUAAAGACACCAAACAUGAUGGCGGAGGACUGACAAAGGAUCAGUUAAAACUGUUUCCUGUUUGGAAUUCUGUGAAAGAGAACCCUAGCUUACCUGUCUCGCCUUGGGUAGGUAUUUGUGGAUUACAAGGGACCGGAAAAUUGGAUAUCCAGUCUUUAGAUUCUGUGGAGGGAAAUAACCAUUCUGUAUAUCAUAUGGAGUCAGGUUUGAAUCUCUCUCAUCAUGGGCACCGACAAGAUAACCAGGUUGACAACCAAUUUAGAGAUGCAAAGGGUCAUCAGGUGGAGAACCCUGACCGUAUUGCAAAUCAUAUAACCCAACCAACAAUGAAACUGAUGGGUAAAGAGUUCACAGUUGGUAGAAGCAGCAAGGACUUGCAAUCUUUUGAGGAUGGAAAUAUUUGGACUGAUAAGGAAAUUAUAGCAGAACAUUGUCCGCCAAAUGCUGCAAUCAACAGAUCCUCGUCAGAGAGAGAGUUUGGGCAGGACUUAAUCUCACAGCCAAGUUCUAGUAAAUUAAAAGAGAAGGUAAGUUGGUUAUCAGAAACUCAAAUCAGUCGGGCAUCACAAAGCAUGCUACAAAUGAAACCUCCAGAUUCUACGUUUUCUCAGCCAUACCUCAACUGUGGAAGUGAUGCCCAAUAUCAGAGUUACUAUCCCUCCAUCGACAGGAAUCAUAUUUCUAAAUUUCAUUCUUAUUUACCUUUGGAUCCUUCCACUCCAUUAUUUACCCGGACUUUCCCAGUCAAAGAGCCCUUCAUAUCUGGUUAUCAAUCACUGAAAAUUGACUCACGAAUCUCAAAUUUUGCCUCCAGUCAUGGGAAUGCCAGCUUAAAUUCUGCUGAACUGCAAAACAAGCAGAAACUGCCUCAUGCUACAACAUCAAUGCUUGAGUUCCCUUUCUUGCGUCAGGAUAGUAGAGAGAAUCCCCAGCCAUCUUGGUUUCAGAACUCUUCUAAGCGCUUGCCCCCAUGGUUGUUGAGUGCAACUCAACAGAAGGAAUCAUCACACGGUUAUUAUCAGCCUGAUGUCAAUUUGGAAGGCAUACAUCGUUCCUGCACAAUAUCUAGAGGUGGCCUCCAAACUCUCUCUUCUGUGCGGCCUGCGCCAGAGGUUUUCUAUCCAUGCAAUCCUGCAUGUUCUCACUCUGGAAUGCAAAAUUCACUUGGUUCAACAUCCUUGACUCGGCCUCCACUUAUUCCACUCGCCCGUGGAUAUAUGCCAGCUUCUGCCAUUGAUAAAAUCCAUGGAGAUAGAAUGCAAUCCAAAGAGAGAAUGUGCCCAACAGUUAAAGAGCUCGGGCAUAGCAAGAAAAUCAGAAAGAGAUCUGCGGCUAAAUUGGAUGAUUGUGCAAAGCUAACCAAGAUACCUCGCUUGACAGUCCAAGAAGAGACUGGUUCCAGGACACAGAAGACUGGCAUGGUAGCACUUGGACUUGAUUUAGUCAGAGAUCAACCAAGCAGUGUAGGAUGUGGCCAGAUUCGAACAUCAGAACUCCAAGGACCACCUGCCAUUGAUGCAUUUAAUGCCGAUGCCAUUGAGAGAUCAGGCCCCAUUAAACUAACUGCAGGAGCAAAGCACAUACUUAAACCUGUUCCAAAUUCGAACCAGGAUAGAUCAAAACAGACCCACUCAACCAUUCCUUUUGCUGCAGCUACUAGUUCCGUUAGAGUUUCUGAAUCUGAGAAGAAAUCAGCGAAGAUUUACAAGUUUUAGAUGAAUGACAUCCUUUUCUGAAGACGCAAGCCUUGACAUUUUGACAUUCUGAAGUUUUGGACUACUGUGAAGUGAUGAGGAAAUGCAAGGACUUUUAAGCCCAGGAAAAUUUGCAUGACCAUGACAGGUGAAGUGUGACAUAGUUUAUCUCGAGCUAUCUCACUGCAGAUGAAAUGUUAUCUGCCGACAACUGUUGUUGAAUUUUGCCGUCUGUUUCUGUAUGUUGGCUGUUAUAUCAGCCAAAUGCAGUAUGAUAUCCUUUCUUCUAAGUGGUUUUGAGUUUUCAGUGUUAGCAUUAAGCUGUUUUAUAACUUUUUUGUUAGUCCACCCUGAAACUGUUGGUGAAACAACUAGAUUAUGUGUUAUAAAGCAGUUUAAUUUAUGCCCUAUAAGUUGUUUUUGGCGAAUUUCAUUGACAUUUUUAAUUGC